AUGCCCGGGAAAAGAAUUGCGGUGAUUGGCGCUGGGGUCAGUGGCUUAGGUGCCAUUAAGAGCUGUCUGGAAGAGGGACUGGAGCCCACCUGUUUUGAAAGAAGCAAUGACAUCGGAGGACUGUGGAGAUAUGAGGAGAUGACUGAAAGUGGCAGGUCAAGUAUAUAUAAAUCUGCCACCACCAACACUUCAAAGGAGAUGACAUCCUAUAGUGAUUUCCCUUUCCCUGACCAUCUCCCCAACUACUUGCACAAUUCCAAAAUCAUGGAAUACGUCCAGAUGUACGCCAAACACUUCCACCUUAUGAAGCACAUUCGGUUUCUGUCUAAGGUGUGCAGUGUGAAGAAGCGCUCUGACUUCUCCUGCACGGGGCAGUGGGACGUCGUGGUCGAGGCAGAAGGGAAGCAGGAAUCCCAUGUCUUUGAUGGAGUGAUGGUGUGCAGUGGCCUUUAUACCCAUCCCUCCUUGCCCCUCCAGGACUUUCCAGGGAUCAAGAAGUUCCAAGGCCAAUACAUCCACAGUUGGGAAUACAAGAGCCCAGAGAAGUUUCGAGACAAGAAAAUCAUGGUGGUCGGCAUUGGAAAUUCUGGAGUUGAUUUGGCAAUUGAGCUCAGUCACGUGACUGCACAGGUGUUUCUCAGCACAAGACAGGGUGCAUGGAUUUGGAAUCGGGUCUGGGAUAAUGGGAUGCCCAUGGACACUGUCCUCUUUACUCGUUUUAACUCCAUCGUCAACAAAUUUUACCCUGCAUUCCUGAUGAACAGAUGGGCAGAAAAGAAAUUAAAUGCUCGAUUUAAUCAUGAAGUUUAUGGUUUGCAAUCUCAACGCAGAUUUGCAAGGUAUCACGCUACUUUCAGUGAUGAUCUGCCCAAUCACUUAAUUUCCGGAAGAGUUCUGAUAAAACCGAAUGUGAGGGAGUUGACUGAAACAUCAGCCAUCUUCGAAGAUGACACAGAAGAGGACAUUGAUGUCAUCAUCUUUGCCACAGGCUACACUUUCUCUCUCCCAUUCUUAGAGGAUGACUCGAAAAUCCUGGACAGCCAGCUCUCCAUGUUUAAAUUUGUAUUCCCUCCUCAGCUGGAGAAGCCAACGCUAGCUUUUAUUGGCAUCCUGAAGCCAGUGGGAGCCACCAUUCCCACUUCAGAACUCCAGAGCCGAUGGGCUGUACGUGUAUUCAAAGGAUUGAACAAACUACCUUCAGUGAGUGGCAGGUUGGCUGACAUAAGAAAGAAGAGAGCAAAGCUUGGAAAAGAAUUACUGAAUGAUCUUAAUAGACUCAGGGUGCAGUAUGUGGAUUACAUGGAUGAAAUUGCCUCUGAAAUAGGAGUGAAGCCCAACCUGCUCUCACUCUUCUUGUGGGAUCCAAAGCUGGCCGUGGAAGUUUUCUUUGGACCAUGCACACCAUACCAGUACCGCCUCCAGGGUCCAGGGAAGUGGGCAGGGGCCCGGGAAGCCAUCAUGACCCAGAGAAUGCGGAUCAGCAAGCCUCUGAAGACUCGUGUCCUGACCUGUGACCCCUGUCCACUUUCUGUGCUGUUCUGGCUAAGUGUCUGUGGAGCUGCCCUUCUUUCCUUUGUUCUCACUUUAGUCAUUGUUAAAGAAUAA